AUGGCCUCCGAUGACACAGUUUAUGCCGGCCUUCUUAUUUUUUCAGUACUUUUUGGUAGUUUUAUUAAGUAUAUUAGAGGCGCAAACGUAAAAAGAUUUGUUACAUGCUUGGUUGGAGUCAUUCUAGUCGUUAUCAUUUGCAAGUUUCAUUGUCUUCAUUCGUUAAUUGCUGUUUUGGUGAAUUGUCUCCUCUUGAAAUUUGUUAGUUGUAGAUAUGUACAUCUUGUUAGCUAUGUUUGGGCAUUUGGUUAUUUAGCAUUAUUUAGAACUAUUCAUUAUUUUGGAUUGCCAACUGCUCCACCAUUAUCCAAUGCUGUCCAACUAUUUAUCACCUUACGGCUGAUUGGUUUGGCAUUUGAAAUACAUGAUGUAAAUAAGAUAACAGAUAAUGCAGAAGAAAAUAUAUUAUUGAAGAAAUAUACUUUUAUUGAUAGAAAUAACUUAUGGCAUACAUUUAGUUAUUCUUUUUGUUAUAUUGGCCUUUUAACAGGUCCAUACUACAAAUAUAGUGUUUAUUCAUAUUUAUUACAUAAUGAUAAUAGUAAUAAAAUACCAAGUUUAAUACCUUUAUAUCAUAAAAUAAAACCACUACCAAUCAUAAUUACCACAUUUUAUACUUUAUCUUACUAUUUUGAUGUUCAGUAUGCUAAAACAGAUGAGUUCUAUGAAAGAUCAUUCUGGUAUAGAUUAUUCUUUAUGGUACCAAUGUUUAUGAUAUUUCGUACUAGAUUAUAUAUUGCAUGGAUAUUAUCUGAAUGUAUGUGUAUGACUUCAACAUUAGGUGCCUUCCCUGUAAAGGCUGAAUCUCGUUGUGGUCAGGGACCAACAGACUUGACAGCUUUAGAAGAUAGUGUAAAAGAAGAGAAGGUAGAAUAUGAUCAUAAUACAGUUUAUAAUUUAGACAUAUAUGGAUGUGAACUGGCACCUCAAACAAAAGAUGGAUUAAAAGCCUGGAAUAAAUCAGUUCAAUACUGGUUAGCAGCUUAUGUUCAUAAACGUGUUCCAAUUAAAUCUUUAAAAGUAUCAGUCACAAUGGCAGUAAGUGCUUAUUGGCAUGGUAUACAUCCUGGUUAUUACCUAUCAUUCAUGACAGUACCACCUAUAUUGAUGGCUGAACAAGCCAUGAUUAAAGCUUUUAGAACCAAUACAUCUGUUCAACAAGAAAAACUAUUUGAUUGGGCUUGUUGGUUUUUUAAAAUGCGUGGAUUUGACUAUAUGUGUAUGGGAUUUCUAUUAUUAGGAGCUGGAGAAACAUUGCGGUAUUGGUCAUCAAUUUAUUAUAUAGCCCAUGUUUUCACCCUUUUAUUUUUUAUAUUAGGAACAGUUGUUAACUUUAUCAAACCAAAACCAAAAUCAAAGUCUAAAAACAGUUAA